GUUCCCUUCAUUGAGUGAAUUCCGUCCCACUUCCGUGGCGUGGUGCUUUUUGUUGUUAAGAGUUGUGUUUAUUUAUUUUUAUUUUGUACUUGUAGUAAUAAUUAACUAUACGGUUGAACGUGAAAAUAUUUAGAAUUAGUUUAUGCAUUUGUGGUAUUCAAGAUGCCUUGCAUGUUUUACUACGAAAAUGCAUUACUUCCAAACUUAGAUUGCCCAGAUGUGGAGUCACUCAAGGAAAAGAUUUCUCAAGAUUAUGGUGUACCUGCUGAUGAUUUGUUCGUAGUUAUAGACGGAAGGAAAAUUUUUGAAAAUUUGAAAUUCAACGAUCUCAAUUAUGUGGUACGAGUAUAUAAGAGACUUCUUGGUGGGAAGGGUGGCUUCGGUUCGAUGUUGCGCGCGAUUGGCGCUCAAAUCGAGAAAACUACGAAUAGAGAAGCUUGCAGAGAUCUAUCUGGCCGUCGUCUCAGAGACAUUAAUGAAGAAAAACGUCUCAGGAAAUGGUUGCAAGGUCAAGAAGACCGGGAAAAGGAGGCCGCAGAACGCAAGCAGAAGAAACUGGAGAGAUUGAUAGCUGAGCCGAAAAUUGAUGUGAAUUUGAACCCUAUGUAUGAGAAAGAGCGUCAGGAACUGCCAGAAAGGGUCAGCGCAGCUGUGGAUGCUGGCUGGCAGGCUGCAGGAAGCUCCAAUGAGGUUGGAUCAAAGAGAAAGCUAGAGGAAGACAAGCCUAAAGGAAUGAAGAAAGCCAAAUUGUGGAUCGAUGCGGAGUUAUCGGAUUGUUCAUCUUUAAGUGAUGACGAGGAAGAGGAAGCAACCACGAGCCGGGCCCAGGCCGUGUCUACAGACAGCGGAAAUGAAUCUGACAAAAAUUCGGAGUCAAGCAAAGUGAACAAUGAAUAGUUUUUAAGAAUACACCUAGUACAUUAUCUCAAAUAUCAUUGACGGAGCUUCAAUGAUAUUUGUUAUAGAUGUAGUUUUUGGACUACCCUGAAUAGUUAUAUUUUAGACUAGUUUUUCCAGCCAGCUCAACAUUUAUCAAUAUUUCAAGUUCUAAGCAACAUAUUGCAAUGAAACUAUACCAGAUUAUAAGUUGACCAUUCUUUAUAAAAUUGAAAACCUUAUCAAAAGUUUUUAUGUGAUGUGCAUACAAAUAUAGCUCCCUUACAGUUUUAUUAUAUGUAUAGAGUGUAGAUUACAAUUAAAGUUCCAAAAUCUGAUGUUUGUAUUUAUAUUUGAAUGACAUCGUAGAUCAUGUGUAAUCCCAGGAUCUAUUUAAUUUUCAGUCAGAACGGUAACUGUGGGGUUGUGUGUUUGAUUUGUACUUUAUGUUUAAACAACAUGUUUUAGCCAGCCAAUGUUUAGGAAAUAAGCUUCAUUGUCAUAUUAUACUAGUUAUGCUAACAUGAUGUGUUUGGGAAAUGAAUGUCUGUUGAACUUUCUAGACUAGACCGUAUCCUGUUAUAAACUGUGAUCUUUAUGGAGUAUCUGAUGUUGGUAAAUGCUUGACUCAAGACUCCUAAAGUUUGAACACAUCAAACAUUUUAGGAGGAUGGAAAAUAUGGUAUUUAUUGUGGCUCCUAAAAUGAAUGGUGUGAAAAGGAAAAGUUGUGACAGGUUUAUUUCUUUUAAACAUAUGUAAUUAGUUUAAUUAGAGAUUAUGUAAAAUAAAAGUUUUAAAAUAAA